UGUAUUGUGGACGCUGACAGCGAAAGAAGGAAGAGCAAGAUCAUAGAUUUCCUGCGGCACCCAGAAAUAUCUGUUCCGACGUGGCAUUGUUUUCAUGGAAAAAAUAAAGACUUUGAAUUUGGCAAAUCUAGUGCAACUCUGCAUCACCAACAAAGCUCAUUCAUCUGCCAAAGUUCUCCACGCUCGACUCUUCCGUCUCCACCUUUUCUCCGACACCUUCCUCUCCAACCACUUCAUCCAACUCUAUUCCCAAUGCAACCACAUUGCCUCUGCACGCCACGUGUUCGACGCAAUACCUCACAAAAACAUUUUUUCCUGGAACGCCAUCUUGGCCUCCUAUUGCAAAAUCCCCGAUUUGCAACACGCGUGCCGUCUCUUUCUGCAAAUGCCUGAAAGGAACACCGUCUCAUUGAACACCAUGAUCACCACCAUGGUACGGUGUGGCUAUCAACGCCAAGCAUUGGAUACCUACGAUUCAAUGAUGCUGGAACAUGGAGUUCAACUUAAACCCUCCCAUAUAACAUUCGCUACCCUUUUUAGUGCUUGUGCUGCUUUGUUGGAUGCAGACUGUGGCAGGAGAUAUCAUGGGGUUGUGGUCAAAUUUGGUCUUGAAAGUAAUAUCUACGUCGUUAAUGCUCUUUUGUGCAUGUAUUCUAAGUGCGGGCUAAAUGUGGAUGCACUUCGUGUUUUUGGGGACAUUCCUCAGCCUAAUGAGGUUACUUUUACUACCAUGAUGGGCGGAUUAGCACAGAGUAAUCAAGUCAAGGAAGCUUUAGAAUUGUUUCGGAUCAUGUUGAGAAAAGGGAUUCGUGUUGAUUCUGUCUCCUUGUCCAGCGUAUUGGGUGUUUGUGCAAAAGGGGAAAGGGAUGUUGGUCUUUGUCACAAUGCUCAAGGAAAACAAAUGCACGCACUAUCAGUUAAAUUGGGGUUUGAGGGAGACCUCCAUUUGAGUAACUCAUUGCUUGAUAUGUAUGCCAAGAUUGGGGACAUGGAUAUUGCUGAGAAGGUUUUUGUUAAUAUGAAUCAGCGCAGUGUUGUUUCUUGGAAUAUAAUGAUAGCUGGGUAUGGGAACAGAUGCAACAGUGAGAAGGCUGCAGAGUAUCUUCGGAGAAUGCAGAGUGAUGGAUAUGAGCCUGAUGAUGUUACUUAUAUUAACAUGCUGACAGCGUGUGUUAAGUCUGGGGAUGUUGGAACCGGGCGUCAAAUAUUUGACUGCAUGUCAUGCCCAAGUUUGACUUCGUGGAAUGCUAUACUCUCAGGAUAUAAUCAGAAUGGUGAUCACAGAGAGGCAGUUGAACUGUUUAGAAAAAUGCAGUUUCAAUGCCAACAUCCUGACCGGACUACUUUGGCCAUUAUUCUCAGUUCAUGUGCUGAAUUGGGGCUUCUUGGGGCUGGAAAGGAGGUUCAUGCAGCAUCUCAGAAGUUUGGAUUUUAUGAUGAUGUCUAUGUUGCUAGUAGCCUUAUUAAUGUGUACUCGAAAUGUGGGAAAAUGGAGUUGUCUAAGCAUGUGUUCAGUAAACUGCCUGAACUGGAUGUUGUGUGUUGGAACUCAAUGUUAGCAGGAUUCUCAAUCAAUGCUCUUGAACCAGAUGCCUUGUCUUUCUUCAAACAGAUGCGUCAACUUGGCUUCUUUCCCUCUGAGUUUUCUUUUGCUACCGUAGUGAGCUCUUGUGCAAAACUUUCUUCCUUAUCUCAAGGUCAACAGUUUCAUGCUCAGAUCAUAAAAGAUGGUUUUCUAGAUGACAUAUUUGUGGGAAGUUCUCUUAUAGAAAUGUAUUGUAAAUGUGGGGAUAUACACGGGGCCAGAUGGUUUUUUGAUAUGAUGCCCGGUAAAAAUACUGUUACAUGGAACGAAAUGAUACAUGGUUAUGCACAGAAUGGAGAUGGUCACGAGGCUCUAUGCCUUUACAAUGACAUGAUUUCAUGUGGUGAGAAACCUGAUGAUAUUACCUUUGUUGCUGUUUUAACUGCUUGUAGCCACUCAUCUUUGGUUGAUGAAGGACUUGAAAUAUUCAAUGCCAUGCUGCAAAAAUUUGGAGUGGUGCCAAAGUUGGAUCAUUAUACUUGCAUCAUAGAUUGUCUGAGCCGAGCAGGGCGAUUCCAUGAAGUAGAAGUCAUUCUAGAUACCAUGCCAUGUAAAGAUGAUGCAGUUGUAUGGGAGGUUGUGUUAAGUUCAUGCCGUAUUCAUGCUAACUUGAACUUAGCAAAAAGAGCAGCUGAUGAACUCUAUCGAAUUGACCCACAAAACUCUGCCUCUUAUGUGCUUCUUGCAAACAUGUAUUCUUCUUUGGGAAGAUGGGAUGAUGCACGUGUUGUAAGAGAUCUCAUGAGUGACAACCAUGUUCGUAAGGAUCCCGGUUAUAGCCGAAGUGAGUGCAAGAAUGAUAUGCAAAUCAUUCUGGAAAACGAACAAUAAUCUUUUAUCUUGGUUGGCAUUUGCCAAUAAACUCGAGAAAUAAUGUCUUGUUAUGAUGGUCGUUGAAAUCUAACCACCUCUGCAGAAUCUUGAGAAAUUCUACAAAAGGGAGCUCUUGUUAUGGAGUGAAACUAUCACCAAGUUAAUUAUGGUUAGUUUCACUGUUCUUAAUCCUCUGCAGAAACUUGAGAAUUUCUACAAAAGGGUGCUCUAGUUAUGGAGUGAAACUAUUACCAAGUUAACAAUGGUUGUUGGUUUCACUGUUCUUAAUUCCUUAUAAUCCUCUGGAAGAUGUUAAUAAAUCUCCUGAUGGCGCUUUUAUAACUAUCAGUGUAAAUCCAACUUUUCGAUUGCUUAUCAAACAUGGAGAUUGAUGUCAUUUGGAUGACAUAUUCCAGAUCCCCUUGAAAAUUUUCAUGGAGCAUUUCUACGAUAAAGAAAUUACUGCUAUGCCAACUUAGGAAGGCAGAGACUAGAAAUUAAAAGUGUUACGGCUUGAGGAAUCUAUUCUUGCAGGAUAUAUUUUGUUACCAUUACGUAGACACCUGCUGUUGCAACAGAUGGGUUUAAGGAUGGGUACUGAACAAAGAUUACAAGUUUGUAUAAAUUUAUUUUUUCAUUCAUCUAGAACUUCCGAAAAUUGUUUAUAUCCUUAUUACAUGAUU